AUGAGCGAUAAUUACACCGGUUCAGGAUUCCAGGGGGAUUCGGGCGACGACACUAAAGGGUCUGAUACGAGUGAAACAGCUGGCUUUGGCCAACAGCGUCGUGGCGGCCAAGGUUACCAGACGGGAGGUGAUUAUGGAGACGACUCUGGAAAUACGGGAUACCAGCAAAGUGGCGGCGACCAGUUCGGAGGUGGAGGCGAUACCUAUGGCUCGUCCGGAUACGGAGGCGGACAAAGUGGCGCAGGAGGCGGAGGAUAUACUGACGACGACUCAUCCUCCAACAUGGGACAGAGUGGCUUUGGCAAUCAGGGUGGUAUGGGAGGUCAAGGUGGAUAUGGCGGUCAAGGCCAGCGCGGAUCUGGUGGGCAAGGUCAGGGCGGAUAUGGAAACCAAAGUCAAGGUGGGGACGGGGACCAAGGGUAUGGAGGUCAAAGUGGAUAUGGGGGUGAUCAGUCCGGGUACGGAAGCCAAGGCCAAGGACAGGGCCAAAGUCAGACGGGUUCUGGUGGAGGCGGCCUCAUGGGAAAAGCAAAGCACCUUUACGAAAAGGUUCAGGGCGGAGGGAACUAAAAUGGGAACGGAGUGUCGAUGAAAAUGAUGUAUAAUCUAUUGAAUUAAUUAUUUGUC